UCUGGAUUUGUUCCUUUGCAGCAUCAGUAGCGCUGUCGCUUCUGUGCCGCGCCGUGAGCCUGACCUGACAUCAGCGUUUACCGCGCGAUCACCGCAAAAACACAGCCAAAAAACCGCAAACAAACAAGCACAACCCGCAGGACCCACGCGCACGAGGCCCGCAGGAUGUCGGCUCGUGGGGGGAAGAAGAAGCUGACAAAGACGUCACGAUCGGCGCGGGCGGGGGUUCUGUUCCCAGUGGGGCGGAUGAUGAGGUACCUCCGGAACACCACACACAAAUAUCGCAUUGGUAUUGGAGCGCCGGUCUACAUGGCUGCGGUCAUAGAGUAUCUUGCAGCUGAGAUCCUGGAGUUGGCGGGAAAUGCGGCUCGGGACAAUAAAAAGGGGCGGAUCACUCCUCGUCACAUCAAACUCGCUGUUGCCAAUGAUGAGGAACUCAACCAGCUCCUUCGGGGAGUGACCAUCUCCAACGGUGGAGUCCUGCCUCGGAUCCAUCCCGAGCUCCUGUCCAAGAAACGUGGCACCAGGGCCCGAACCGAGGUGCAGCCCAGCGACAAGCAGCCAGAGCAGGGCACCAGAGCCAGGAAGGCCCCCAAGACCCCCAGGACUCCCAAGACGCCCAAAACCAGGAGAGCCAAGGGCCGACGCGGACGCAAACCCAAGAAUCAGGCCUCAGAGAAAGCCUCAGACCCAAACUCCACACAAGACGAUGAGCUUGGAGAGGGCUUCACCAUCCUGUCAGCCAAGACACUGUUCCUGGGACAAAAGCUGUCACUCACAGAGAGCGACCUCGGGAAACUGGGCUCUGUCAAAGUGGAGGCCAUCAUCAACCCGACCAAUGCCGACCUGGACCUGAAGGAUCCUGUGGGAAGCGCACUGGAGAAAGCUGGAGGGCGGGACUUUGUGGACGGGGUCAAAGAGGCACGGAAAUCACACUGCCCCCUGGAGGUCGGCGCAGCGUGUGUGAGUGCGGCGAGCGGUUCAAUGGCAGCGCGCUUCGUUAUCCAUGGUCACGUUCCUCAGUGGGGAUCAGACCGAUGUGAGGAGCAUCUCGACAAAACCGUGAGGAGCUGUUUGUCUGCAGCAGAAGAGAAGAAGCUAAAGUCUGUGGCCUUCCCCUCCCUCCUGUCUGCACGAAACGGGUUCCCGAAGCAGACGGCGGCUCAGUUGGUCCUGAGGUCCAUCUCCUCACACUUGGUCUCCUCGAGCAGCUCCAGCCUGAGGAACAUCUACCUCAUCCUGUGUGACCCAGAGAGCAUCGGAGUCUGUCUGCAAGAGAUGGCCAAAGUGGAAGGGAAGUAGGAGGAGAGAGGGAGGCAGAGGGGGAGGAGGAGGA